UUGCGUAUCCGGAUAUAUGGAGGUAUAUCGUAAACAACAGAAGUAGAGCUCAAGUUGAUUAUAUCAUUGACGGGUAUAUACAGUUAUGCACAUUUACAGCUUUCCAGAACAGUAAAUUGUGAUCUGAAUUGCUGGUAAAAAAAAAUGUCUCAGUGGAAAUCUGUGACCUUCUCUUUGGACCUGCGCUCAUCUGCUGCCCUUCAGCGACAGUUUCUCAGGGAGGUCAAUCGCUACCCUGCCCUUCAUGGGGGCCCACUCCUACUGCAAGCCAUCAACAGAUAUGAGAGGUUCUGGCUGCCUCUUGCUGCCAAAUAUCCCAAAGAACAACUGGCAGCACCCUUGGAUAUAGAAUGGGUGUGGCACUGUCACUUAUUGGCUCCCCUGAAGUACCAGAAGGACUCCCAUGCAAUUGCUGGAUGUAUCGUGGACCACAAGCUCAUGAAUUCAUCUGAAAGAAAGUCCUCCAUGGCAAAGUCCCAGCAACACUGGAGACAGAUGUAUCCAUCAGAGCCGUUUGAGGUUGACUUGGGUGGUUCUGUGGUGGAUCCCAAGCUUCAAGAACCAGUGAUGUCUUCUUAUGACCUUGUUGAUGCUGUGUCAAGACAGAAAGUCUUCUUCUAUCAAAUCUCUCUUCCUCAUUACCAUGACCAGAAGUAUUUGGAUAUUUGUCAGGAGCGGUACAAGAAGUUUAUCUAUUUGAAACAAAUGAACCCUGGCAAGUUCAUCGUCCCAUGCUAUGACAUCGACUUGGUCUGGCAUACACAUCAGCUGCACCCUCUGCUGUACAAGAAGGACAGUGAAGCACUUCUGGGGAAAACUUUCAACCACGAUGAUACUGUCACUGAUCGUUCUGUCGGCUCCAAGCUGUACAACUCGGACAUGGAAACACGUGAUCUUUGGCGGGCCGCCUUCAAUGAAGGCUUUGCUAUGUAUGGUGCAAUGUACAGGGGAAACCCACCGGAUGGAAAGCUCUACAGCAUGGCCAAGGCAGAGCUCUUUACUGUUUCGACAAAGUCAGCUGUAUUGAAAGUGGAGUCGGUUAAGUUAUCGGGCCUGCCGUCUACGGUGAAGAAGUUUAAGCUGAAGAUAUCUGCUGCUGCAGACAACAAGGAGAUGCAGACUCUGGCCUCGUUGAAGAGCCCCAACCAGGAAUGGAAAGACAAGAAUCUCGUAAACUACAAAUUUGAAACAAAGUCAACCAACUGCCUAAAAUUUCGCCUGGAAGAAAGGACAGGUUUUGCUUGUUUCGGCAGCCAGAUGACCUUGGGAGAAACUAAGUACCCGAUGCUCCCACAUAUUGAAACUGGAGGACCAACUGUGACUCCUUUGAAUGUCAAUCUUGACCUUGGAAACAAUCAGCUGAAGGUGAACUUCAAGGGAAGCCUUUUCCCUCCAGUAUCGGGGCCAUGCUUGCUGUUCCUUUCCUCUGGUCGCUAUGACAACUGCAUCAUGCCUGAGAAUGUUGAGUCAAUGUGGGGUCCAGUUCCGCUCCCGCCUGUCAAGUCCGGGGAAGAAAACAGAUGUGAAGUUGCCUCCCAUCAGCUGGUGAACCACACCCAGCAGUUGGUGUUCACAGUGCGAGUCAUCCACAGUCUUCCGCUGCUCACGUCGGCGAUCCAGGUCUUCUAUCACGACAAGAUGGCUGCUGUCGCCCACCUGGUGGGCUCAGACCAGAUACCUCUACCAACACAGGUAAAACAUCCUGACAAGUGUAUCACAAUCAACCCUCGGUUGGGAGAGAGAGCCAUCCUCAUCAAGAACAAUGAGGGAGACUGGGGCAUCGUGAAGGGUCGUUGGGGAGGAUACAGUAAAGGAGUGCCAGGGAUCAAAGGUACCAGACAUAAUCGGGGAAAGCGCGACGUACCUGGAUGUCCGGGCUACUUGACCUUCAAAUUCUACGAUCUUCUCCAUGGAUCUUCGAAGGAAAUCCAACUUACAGAUUAUCUGAAUCAGAAGUUCUCCUUCAGGUUUGGGUCCCUGUUCAUGGACCUGAAGCAAGGCUAUGUUCGCGUGGAAGAAGACACAAGCCAGAUCCCGGAGCACAUUGCCCUAGCCUUCUCCAUCUCCCUUCUACAUGUACUGUGUCAGCCUCGCCCAUCCGACUGGAAGCCAGGUGACCCUGUUCAGAAGCAAGUCUCAAGGGGAACACAGUCUGUGCAGUCCAUCCCAUCGAAUGACAUGGCUUUCAUCAUGGCUGCUGGCUUCAUCACCAUGACGCCAUCCAACCACUACAUCUACCACACCUAUGGCAUCAACGCCUGUGCUGGUUGCGGUGGAGGUGGGAUGGGUGACAUCGGUGGAGUGGACACUGGGGUGGUUGACGUGGAUGCUGGGGCAGGUGUGGAUGGAGGCGAUUAUGGGGAUGUAGGAUGUGGCGAUGCUGGGGAUACUGGUGGGUGUGGUGGAUGUGGAGGGUGUGGUGGAUGUGGGGGAGGGGGAGGAGGUGGAUGUGGAGGUGGCGACGGUGGUGGAUGUGGGGGUGGAUGUGGCGGUGGGUGUGGAGGAGGGUGCGGGGGAGGAUGUGGAGGCUAAACUGAUGCAUGAAGAGCAUCUGGAUGAAAAGGUCAAAGGAAAGAAGGAGACUACAUUUACAAUAUUUGUUACAUUUACUUAGAAGAUCUGCAGAUAUUAGAACCAAAGAAUAUGUGACAGCAGAAUUUAGUAAGCUCUCAAUUUCCUUAUACUCUGUAAACUUUGCGUGAUGCAGAGAUGACUCUCUGGAGGGACAGCAGAUCCAUGUUUUACAUGCAGUUCGUGCAUGAUCAAUGCAUUUAAGGGACUGGUCAUUUAUUAUUGGGGAGGGGGCAGCUGAAACUAGAAAGUGUGAGGGGUGAAGGGUGGGGCUCACCAAAAUUUAUCACAACUAAUUUGGGGGUUCACCAAAAAAUUACACUCAUGGAAUGGGGGGUGAAAACAAGUCACACUAAAAGAGUUUGUGGGGUUGGAUGGCUCAAUAUAAUAGUCCUACGACCAAUCUCACCACCACCCUGACCCCCUUCCCCAGUAAUUUAUGAUCAGUCCCAUACAAUACCUUUCUCAAAACAAUUACUAAAGCCCCAAUAUUUUUAGAAUAAUGUACAGUGACUGUUGAGGUGGUCAAAGCAGUCAUACGCUGCAAGUAUUGUAUACUAUAUAUUUUAUUUAUGCAUAAUCAUAGCAAUCAUAAUGGCUUCUAGUGACUCUUAAUCCCAUAAUAUUAUGCUGUGUUGUAGCUUAUUUAUUUAUAAUGUCACCAUUAACGACAUGUCAAAAUUGUGUAGAACACUGGUCGUGAUUGGAGUUGAUGAUGAGGUGUAUUUGGCAGUGCUCUCAGAACCAAGAUGUGAACAUACAUGCAGUUAUGAGACCAUCUGCCAGUGUUACCAGUGUGUUAGAAUGAUGUUGUGAAACUUCAUACUUUAAUACAUGGAUAAAUAUGUAAUAAUAAUAUCUAAAGGUAGGGUAGGUGUUUUUGCUGAAUAUUAUGUUUGUAUACACCAUAAGCGUGGACCACAUUAGGUUUGGAUUAUUUGAUUUGUGUAGAUGAUUAGAUAGAAUGUCAAAUAUACACUGUGUCACAUGAUUUGAUUGGAACAUGAUCUGAGGUGGCCCAGAUGUCUAAGCACUGCAGUCUGCUGUGCAGGGAAGCAAACUUGUGAUUCUGGGUUUGAAUCUCAGUUCCCCCGAUCAUGUUUUUAGGUUUUGAGCACCAUAGUUCUGCUUGUAAACACCUUAGACCUGCAUCAUUUCAGUCUCUCCUCCUACAUUGAAAUGGCUCGUCAUGACGUAGCUGGAAAACUGUUCAAAUUAGAGUUGAGCCUGAUUCACUCACUCACUCAUGACAUGCAGAUUGAAGUAGUAUAUUUAUUGUUUUGUUAUGAUGGAGAUUAACACAGAUGAGAUUAGCAAAAUAUUUGAGAUAUGAAAGAAAAUGUUAUGCAUAACUUGAUAGAACCGUUUAACUGUUAUGACACCUGAUUUUGAGAUGUCAAAUUUCUUUGGCAAACGGCCAUUAUGACACAUUCGUGUUUUUCAUGAUACUUUUUUGUAUUUCAUUUUCAUAACUUUCUGCUUAAAUAUGGCCUUAACUAUGGCAUCUUGAAAACUCCUGCUAGACCCCAAAGUUUCCAGUAUGACUGUCAGUAUAGACUGAAAGGGGCUUCCAUGUAUGAGGUCGUAUUUUGAUAAGGAGAGAUUUAUCACUGACAUUGUAUUAUUACAAAAAAUAGCUGCAGAAGAGAAAAACUAUUAGAAGUGUGUUGAUCCGGUCACCUUCCAUGACAAAAUGCUGUUUUGUUAAGUAAGCUCAACUUUAGUGUGACAUGACACUUUCAUGUUUGAACAUGCAAAAUUAUUUCAUUGAAAUGUACUGGUAUACAUCCUUUUGUUGCUUUCCUCACUGAUCAAAAGGUCUGGAUAGUGAUUUUGUUCUUGUAAUGCAAAAAAAUUGUUGCAUGAAAUUAAUGCUUGUAAGAAUCUUUUUCUUAGUGAUGGAAUUUGUUAUCUAUUUUUUAUUUUUGUUUUCUAGCCUAAUAACAUACAGGUCCCUUUUAAAUGAGACUAUGAUACAUUUUUCAAGAAAUUGGUCUGUAAUUGUUUUGUUGAGUGACCAUUUUUUUGAUGGUCAACAUGUUAUAUAAAUGUUAUAUUUGUCACCAAGGUUGUUCAUGUAUGUUCAAAGCUUUGACACUUCCGUGUCUCGACAGGAGUUGGUGGGAGACGUUAUGAUCAAUCGCACGUUUCAGCCUCAUUGUUAUAAUGCAUGUGUUAACUGUCAUUAAGAUGCAUGUUUAACAAUGUGGGUCAAGUUUUAUUGGCAAUAAUGGAUAAGGCAAUUAUGUUUGUAUUUUUUUUAUUACAGAUUUUGGGGAGUGAUUUUUUUUUCUUCUGAAAGUGUCAAUUGUUACCAUUGUAUAUGGAACCUGGGGCGGUGGGGUAGUCUAGUGGUUAAAGCAUUGGCUCGUCACGCCGAAGACCCGGGUUUGAAUCCCCACAUGGGUACAAUGUGUGAAGCCCAUUUCUGGUGUCCCCCGCCGUGAUGUUGCUGGAAUAUUGCUAAAAGCGGCGUAAAACCAAACUCAGUCAGUCAGUAUAUGGAACCUAGACAAAUGCAAGUUGUCGAGGUAAUGUUAGACUGUGUAUCUAGUUCAAUGACGGAACUCAAUAUUAUCAUGAACAAAAUUGGCAAUGACUGAUUAAUUUGGGAAAGUUUAAGCAUUGAGAGCUGCAUUGUUAUGCUUUUCUAAAACAAAGGGUUUCAAAUUAGCAUGUGUGAUUUGUCACUGGAUAUACAUUCUAGAAUGAGAGGAUGACUAAACUUUACAUGGAACUUUUGACUACAAUUUGAUUUGCUUGAUCUGUGAUCCAACAAAUAGAAGAAUAAUUGCCUAAGAUGUCUCUCCUGAUGAAGUGAUCUAUAUUAUUUGUAAAUUAUU